AUGCCGAAGCGGAAAUGGCAAAGCCAAAGUUGCCAGUUCUGUCACAGCCCUGGGCAUAACGUGCGAGCGUGUCCGAAACUCGCCCAGAGGCUUUUCAAGGCAGUGCAGCGCAAGCACUGUGCCGACAAAGUGGCAGAUGCCGUGAGCCAGGGUGCGAGCUCCUUUGCUGUCUGCGGCAUCCAGGUGAGAUAUGGCUCCCGCAAAAGUGCAAAGAAGGCUGAGAACCGUCGAGUGAGGCAGGUUCAUCGCGGGACCCGUGGCAUUUCCAGUGCGAGAAAAAAACAGAAGCGCACAGCUGGAAAGACUUGGAAUGAACAAAGACGGACAGAGAAGCGAAAGACGAAGAAUGAGAAGCUGGUUCAGGCGGCUUUGCGUUACGAUGUCAUAGGAAAGGCUUGGUCAGACAUGAAGCAGCGCGGGUUCGUGAAACCUGGUGUCCGAGGAUGCAGAGGGACCUUCCUUUGUCCUAGCUGCCAGGACAGGCGCAGCUGUCUGUGCAGUAUGGCCCUCAAUGCCAGGCAGCAGAGAUCUGCGGCAGAGAGAGAAAAGCACGGAGAAUGGCUGCAGCAAGGUGGGAGGCAGAUGAACACCGUAUGGUUUCGUGGCACGAAGUGUGGCAAUCCCAUCUCCUGCAUUCGCUUCACACACCUGCCACAGAUGAAAUAUGGCAUGCCCCUUCCGCAGAUCAUGGACUUCAUCAAAGAGUUUACCGACCGCGCAGUGCCGAAUUUGCAGGACAUCUGCAAAUGUGUGGGUGUGAGUCGUUGCCCUUCCUCCAGGAAGCUCUAUGACUUUCUGCUCCAGAAGGAAGCUGGCAUCGUGGAAGCAGAUGGUACGGCCUUGAAGUUAUACAAGCGGAAGGGGCAUAAUAAUUUCAUUGCCCUUUGGGGGCUCGCAGAAAGGCCGCAGAAUGAGAAUCCGGCACGGAUGGUCGUGUACAUGAUGCCGGUGAAACAGGUUGCGCACAAUGCGGUGUGCCCCGUCGAAAGCAGGGCGGACGUCUUGAGCUGCAAAGGCUUGGAGCAUGUCGUCAGCGAAGAGACGGACAGCGGCAAGGUGACGUCCUUACUUGUGACCGACGGCGCCAAGCUUUAUGAGCGCUUAGCCAAGGAGCAUAAAUUGAAGCAUCGGUAUGUUGUCCACUCCAAGGGACAAUUUGCCGAGAAGAAGCGGGUCUCUGGCCGAGGCACGGUGAAUAUCAACACUGGCCUGAUUGACCAGCGCUGGUCUGCCAUCAAACACUAUGUCCCAAAGAGCUUGAACGGUAGCAGCAAGGAAGGCAGUACACCUACUUUUUGCCCGCAUCUGUGA